AUGCCAUACAUUCUUGGUCUGAACAGUGGUUCUUCUUUUGACGGCGUCGACGCUGUUCUAUGCACCAUCGACCUUGCGGAGGAUGGGCACCCCAGCCGUCCGAAAUACGUCGACGGGCUUUCAGUGGACUGGCCGGCCGACCUUCAACCCCUUAUUCUUCGGGCUUUCACCAAUGACUUGACCAUCUUCGACUUGUGCAGGGUCAACUAUGCGGCGGGAGCCCUCUUCGCCGAGGCAGCCAAUGCACUGCUUGCAAAGGUUGGACUGAAGCCCGAGGAUAUCGAUGUCAUCGGCUACGACGGACAGACGAUCUAUCAGGAACCACCAGACAGGCCCAAAGAGGCUGCCUUCCUCCAAAGUGGGAGCACGAGCUUAGUCGAACGCUGGACCAAAGGCGGUCUCCCUUGCGGCUUGUUCAUCGUGGAGUCGGGUGUCGUUGCAGCUUUGACGAACAUCACGACAGUAACGCAAUUUCGGCCAAUCGACCAUGCCCUCGGAGGUUCUGGAGCACCGCUGAUGCAAUAUCUCGACUUCUGCGCGUUUCGCAACGAGGCUCCCAUAGUCACUUUGAACAUUGGUGGCAUUGCGAAUUUGCAACUCGCCGAUUCGGAUCGCCAUAAGAUGAUGGCUUUCGACACAGGACCGGGAAAUGUCAUGAUUGAUCAUGUCAUCAAAGCUCGAUUGAACCGGUCGUACGAUAAGAACGGCGAUGUGGCAGCCAAAGGAAAGGUCAUUCCAACCCUGUUGUCACGGCUGCAGACGCACGAAUUUUUCCUCCGAAAACCACCUCGGUCAGCAUGGCGACUGGAUUUUGGUGCUGAGUAUGCCGACCAGAUCCUGCAAGACUACAAAACAGCGUCGACCGAGAACCUGGUGGCAACAUUCACAUACUUCACGGCGUGGUCGAUCGAGAAGUCAGUCGUCGACUUCAUCCUCCCCAAGGCGCCGGUCACAAAGGUUAUAGCCAGCGGUGGCGGAACCAAAAAUGCAACGCUAAUGAACCUCCUGCGAGAUAAAUUGCCGUCACAUGGAGUCCAACUUUGCGUCAGCGACGAGUAUGGCCUUCCUGCACCAUACAAAGAAGCCAUCAAAUUUGCCACUCUGGCGUUUGCCUGCAAGAAUCAGCUGGCCAACAACAUCCCGGCGGCCUGCGGAGCGUCUGCAUUUGCGAUCCUCGGAAAGAUGUCAUUCGCUCCAAGAUUAGCAAAGAAUGGAGGCGAAGUUCCAGAAAGUUUGUGA